GAGGCUUCCAAGGCUCCGCCCCUGGCAGGGGGACUCGAAGUGGUUGCUAAGAGACACUGUACACCGAAUGGUGGCUGUGCGCAUGCGGGAGGAGUGGAUUAGCGUAUACAUUCCGUGAACUACGGUGGCCCUGAAAGAACAGAGGUGAACUUGAAUGGCGUUGCGAAGGCCGAGAGGCCUGAGGCAGCUCCGGGACAGGUAACCCCAAGCGGUCGUUGAACUGAGCGACAGGAGAUACGUGUGUACAGCAGAGUGAGGGUCUGGUACCGGAGCUGGGGAGGCAGCAGUCUCCACAAAGUGAGGAGGGAGAGGCCCUGACCCGCCGCCUCUCCUCAGCGCUUCCAGUGCCCAAUCUUUGGUGCAUCUGUCGGUCUCAGAGACCCGGUGAGCUACCAAGCUGGAGAUGCCUCCCGGAGGCUGCAAGAUAGCAUUGUCUUUGGAACCGCGAUGCUGGCUCAUGGGCUUUCCUGAAAGGAUAAUGAUCCUCUGGUCCACUGUUUCCUGCUUUACUGAAGAAGCAUUGUAGAGAUUCAUCACAUUUCUAAGAUAUCAGUAUUUACAAAUUGGAGUUAUCAGCCAUCUUAAAGAUUGAUGUUGGAUAUCAAAAUGAAAACCUUCUGUGAAGUUUUAGAACAGUUAUACAAAAAAGUACUUUCUGGAACCAUACUUGAAGAUGACAGCCAUGAUUAUGUCUUUUACCUCAACCCAGCACUUUCAAACCAAGAUUGCUCUGCAGCCAGUUCCUUAGAAUGGCUGAACACCGAUGCUGUGCCGUGCCAGCAUCAGCUGCCCUCCAUCAGGGUGUCUACCAUUCCUGAAGCACCUGUUUGUGUGAAGAGACACUCUCAGAUGAGCGAUGCCCGAGAGAUGAUGCUCCUUCAGUUAACUGUGAUCAAAGUGAUGGUAACCAGGAUAUUGUCUGUUGAAACUGAGAUCCAUGCAAAAGAGAAAUACAGAGAUGUAAUUAAAAUUCUUUUACAAUCAAAUGAAAUUGAUUCUAAAUUGAUCUGCAUGUUCCAAAAUUCAGACAAAUUGUUGUCUCACAUGGCCGCAAAGUGCCUUGCGUUGCUUCUGUAUUUCCAGUUGAGAGAAAAGAUAACGUUAAGUAAUUCAUGGAUUGCUUUUUGCCAAAAAAAUCUUUCUGGAUAUUCUGAGAGUGAUGAAGCAAUACAUUGUCUCUGGACUCUUACAGCGGUAAUGAAAGAAAUCUUUAAAGAUGCCUGUUCAGAAAAAGCAGAAAUUUUAAAGCAGUUCCUGACUCCUUUUGAUAGUACUCUUGAAGUGUUCUAUGAUUCCUUAUUCGCUCAGCAUUUUGAAAAUUGUCAGAAUCCUUCUAGAAUAAUAAACAGCUUGGUAUGUUUCCUGGAAUUGCUCGAACUUCUCAUAACCUCCAGAAUCUACCUGAAGUUAGAUUGCAGGAGCCAAAGGAUUUUAUUUUUGAAACCUUCUUGUGUGCUAAAUGUUCUGACCUGGCCUAUUCAGGCUUUUGUCAAAAGAAAGUUGAUCAUUUUCAUCAAAAAGUGCCUUCUCUAUAAAGUGGGCGAAGACCUCUGUCGUGGCUCAGUUCCUGCCGUGAUAUCGCCAGAUCAUCACUUAGACACGGACAUGUUGGCUUUAGCUAAUGCUGUUUUGCAAGCUGUGCAUCUCGGGUUGUUGAAGACAUUGUCUGUUCAUAGAAAACCUUCCUGCUUUGGAGGUGAUGAAGUUCAGCCUGGAUGUGCAUAUCUCUGUGGUCCAGAUCAUGUGAUCCUUAGAGCAGCAAGUUUAAUUACAAUGAAAUCCUUAGAAAUCAAAUUUCAAAGUGAUACCUCAACAAAUGAAAUGAAAGUUGAUUUACACAGGUUCAUGUCUGAGUUACUGACCUUCUUAAAGCCUCACCUUCAGCCCUCACUGCAACUACAUAAUCCAUGUGAAUGGCUGUCCAGGGUAUUCAUAGAACAAGACGAUGACAUGCUGGAGGCUGCCAAGGCAUCAAUGGGCAUCUACCUAAAGUUGACCAGGCUGAUCUGGAACUUCUGGACUCAAGUGAUUGUCCUGCCUCAGCCUCCUGAGGAUCAGGAACUGCAGGUAUAUGCCACUAUGCUUGGCUCUAUCAUAACUUAAAAAGCACAUCAAAGAAUGUGAUUUCAAGGAUGUUCAAUGCCACAUUGUAAAACACAAAAGACUUGAAAUAUCAUUGGAAUGUAUACCUGUGAAAAGAAUGAGUAUAUCCAUGCUUAUAGGUAUGAAACAUCUCCUGUAAAAAUAGAUGGAUAUAAUGGGCACCCAUUUAUUUAGAAAAGUAGUGGGGCAGGAGUAAUACACAUCCAUGUAUUUAUAUAGUCAUCCUUUGGUAUCUACAGAGAGUUGGUUUCAGUACCUACACCAUCCAUACACACCUUGCCAAGAUACCAAAAUUCACAGGUAUUUAAGUCCCUUAUAUAAAAUGGCAUACUAUUUGCACAUAUCCUACCCACAGCCUUCUAGAUUACUUAUACCUAAUACUAUGUAAAUACUAUGUACAUUGUGUUAGGAAAUAAUGACAAGAAAAAAGUCUAUAUACAUUCAGUACAGAUGUAAUGUUUUUUCAAAUAUUUUCAAUCUAUUAUGAUUGAAUCCAUAAUACAGAGGGAUGACCAUACAAAAUGUGUAUUUAAGAAUGUGUAAGAGAAGCCAGGCAUAGUGGUACAUGCUUGUGACCUCAGGAGAAUGUGGCAGGAGGUUUGCAAGCUAGGCUUAGGCUAGCUUCUUCAACUUAGAGAGACCCUGUCCCCCCAAAAUAAAAGGGGCUGGAAAUGUAGCUCAGUGGUAGAACAUUUACCAAGCAUGUACAAGGCCCAGGGUUCAAUUCUCAAUACUACCCCCAAAAUAUAUAUGUGUGUGUGUGUGUGUGUGUGUGUGUGUGUGUGAGAGAGAGAGAGAGAGAGAGAGAACACAGUAGUUACCUCGAGAGAGAGAUCUGAAAUGGAUUUGACUUAUCGUAUUUUUUUGUGCUCUUUUGCUUGUAACUGGGUUAAAAAAAAUUUUUUUAAUAAAAAACUUGAGAAAAAAAUGUUCCCUAGGAUACAUAAAUAUUGAAUGAAUUAUAACUUUUACAAAUGCAGAUGUGUUUUGCGCCUACAUUUCUUUAUAAGGUUAAUAAGAAACCACCGUCUUUAUUGUACAUAAAAUGAGGGGAAAGCAAUCUGGCAGGAGUGCCAAGUGUGUAACUGACUUUUGAGUGCACGUUAGUUCAUUACACACAUGCCAAGCCCUGCUGUUGCUGAAGGUGACCCUUGGUUAUAUGGUGACUAUACUUGGUUUUUUAGAGCAUCCACAAGCUGUUCUCAGAUUAGGCCAUAAAGGAACAUGUAAUGAGCAAUAUUUAUCUACCUAGUGAGCUCCCAGGGGAUUCCCAGAGGGCCAUCUGUAAUCCUUCUCCCAAUAAAAAGCAAGUUAGCAUAAAGUGUCAUGAAUAUACUCUAUUUAACUUGAAGCAUAAAAGACACGGAAAAGCUGUUCGUGAGUAUACAGAAUGUUGAAUUUUCGGAAAUGGCAUGACAGUGGAACCAGCACCCCAGUCAAAACACACUAGUGGUACCCAGAAGUCCCCCUUAGUUCUUCUUCCAGUCACUAUCCACCCUUAAAGACAGCUAUAUCCUGAAUGGAGGAAACAUCAAUUAGCUUUACCUGGUUUUUUUACUUUUAUGUAAAUGGAAUCCUAGAGUAUGUAUUCUUUUGUGUCUGGCUUCUUUUCUUAGACCCUGGGAGUGUGUCCUGAUUUAUUUUUACAAUGUCAGGUAGCCACAUUUCAUCUAUUGUUAGUAACAUGUGGCACACCCAUUGUAUUAGGAUGGUGAGGUUGACAAACACUCACCAGACAAUGACAUGCAGACUUGUGCAAUGGGCCCCAGCCUGUCUUUUCAGCCCCACCUGUGGUUCUUCCCUGCCAUGGUUCUUAGCAACACAGCAUUUGCCCUACAUAUUCAUUCAUGCCCCGUCUCAAAUGUUAGGUCAGAAAGAAUUCCCCAUCUGUCCUGGACCAUUAGAUUUUACUUGCUUUGUAGUCUCUGCACUUUUUGCACUAUUCUUUUUUCCUGGAGUAUAGCAUUUGUCACAUUCUGUUUGAAUCAUUAUUCAACAGUCUUCCCAUUUGCCAAGUUUUUUUUUUUUUUUUUUAACGUCCCCAUUGGCUAACAACUGCCACAUCAUAAGUACACCAAACAUGUUGAAUAAAUAAAAUUUUUCUCUAAGAGCUUAAUAAUUUCCUAUGGGAGACAGAUGUGUGGGGAAUUGUAAUUGUAAUGUUUAGAUUGCAUUUCCCAAAUACCAGCCACUGUUCUAAGUGCUCUGCAAAUCCCUAUGGUAAUGUUAGAAGGUGAGUGCUAUUAUGAGCUCUGUUUUGCAGAUGAGGAGAUUAAGCAACUUGCCUAAGAUCAUCCAAUUGGCAAAGUGGUAGAGCUAAGUUAAUGGCUAAGUUAAGCUAGGUAGUCUGGUUCCAGUGUCUUCUCACACUCCUUUCCAUAAUUUAUUCCUUUUCCUUAAGACAGAAAGUGAUGGAUACCAUUGAAACUAAAUUGUUGAAACUAAAAUUGUUGCAGUUUUGGAUAUGGGUGAAUGAUGGUGUAAUGAGUCCUAUACUAGAAAAGUAUCCUAAGGUCAGAUUAUCCAAGACCACACUCAGAAAUUUUGACUAUUCUAGGCAGUGGAGAGCUGAUGAGAUUUUUGAAUAAAGAAAGAAAGUAAUUUCCAUGAAAUAUAGUGACUAGAUGAACAAACAGGAAGAUUGGCAAGAAUCUGCUAUAGAAGUCCUUUGAAUCCAGGACAUUGGAAACACUCGGGCCUUCCAGCUGAAUAUCAAUCACAUCCACUUCUCCCCCUCCAGAUACCCUAAGACAUAGUAAAGAGACAAAAAUCAGGAGCAACAAGACACACAUGGACAAAACAGAAAGGGAGGAAGCAAUUUUGAAAGUUAAAAGGUAAGUAGAUGAUUAAUAACUGACUUAGCAGACCCAAGAAAACUAAAUCCUCAGUCUGAUACAGGGAAAGCUGAAAAGCAGCCUGAUUAACAUGGUGGAUCCCCUGAAGGCUCAGGAGUUUAGAGGGCACCACACAGUUGUUAAGCAAUAUCUGCUGGAAAGUCUGUUCAAGAAACAAUCUCCUGCCCUAUUCUGUGUAGCUAAAGCUCUAUUCACUGUUCCCCCCGCCCCCCAGCAAAAAAGAAAAAAAAAAAAAAACUUAGCAGAUUAGAAGCCUAUUUCCCAAAGAGAGUAAACCAGAGAAUCUUUGGAUUAGGGAGACACCAGAUACAGCUGAGAAUAGGAAUAAUAGAAUGAAACAGAGGGACUCAGGAGAAAAUGACUUCCCUCUCCAGCAUUCUCCCAACUCCUGUUCCCAGAACACUUCUAAUUGCAGACAAGAGCCUAGAAGAGACACUUCUGGGAAAUCUAAUUAAGCCAAGAGAAAAUAUCUAAAGAUAUUGACAUAGGAAGGGGAGGGGGACCCCCAAAGAAAUUAUUUAGCCAAGUCACCCUACUGUGAAGCUCACAGUUGCAAACCUCACCCUGUGUAGAGAUGUAAGUGCCCCAUUCUUACAAAUGAUUGAAAAAUGGAGGAUCGUCAGGCAUGGGGUGGGGAGUAGGGAGUACAGAUAUGAAAAGCUGAGGCCAAAACAAACAUGAAACAUUAAACAGGAAGACGUUAAUCUAUCAAUAUCCUCAGAGUAAGAGAUUGUAAAGAACAUUACAUUUUAACAAUUGAAGAAAAAUACUUCUUAGAGUAGCAAAAAUGCAAAACUGAUUUAGAAAUUUAUACAAUUAAGUUGAGGAAAUAUAGAAAGUCUAGAAAUGGGACAAAGAAAUUAGAAAAUGGGAUGAAGAAAUGAUAAAAUCUAGGGACCAGCUGAUGAGUUUCAAUAAUUGAGAAAGUAGGAUAAGGACUGGAAGAGGAAAAGUACAAAAGAAAUUUAUGAAAAGUCUCCAGAAUUAAAAGACUUUGAGUCUUUAAACAAUGCCUACAAAUACAACUGGAAAAAACAUUAAAUUUUACAAAGGAAGGAGAAUCCACCUGAAACAAGGAGCCAUUUUUCCCUUGCAUAGCUAGGAUGCUGCUACUGCUAUUUUAUUUAUAAAUGAAGUAAAAUGCCUUGUGAAGAAGAAAAUGAGAUCUGUUUUCACCUGAGUGACUAAAGGCACUGUGACAUAUGGUGAUAUCCAGCAGACAAGUCUUUUAAAUAUCAGGAGGGCAAUGUUAGAACAAAAUAUGGGCAUCAUUUGCAUAUAGAUAUUAUGAAAAUCAUAAUCCCUGAGGGUAUAUAUAGAAAAGGGUAUAUAUAGAAGCCUGGAUAGAAGAAGGAAAAUGAAAGAAAUUUGGACAGCAGGCAAACCAGAAAUACUAGAAGGAAAUGAGGAGAGGAACAGUAGGAUCAGGUCUGAGAAGCUACUGAAGGUUUGCACCAUUAGGUGCAAAGUAUUUGAAGCAUUGGUGCACUUGAGAGAGCACUUUUAGUUGGACCCAAAUGUGCUGUGCAAGGUAGAAGGGAGAAACCACAGGGACAGUGAUUUUCAACUAGUGUUUUCUGUACCAUCUGAAUACUGAAAUUUUGGGUGGCAUGUUUGGAAUGUCAGAAAGGCUGGAAACAAUGCCAUCCAAGUCAGAAACAGUUUUUAUAAUGAUCACUGAAGAUGUUCAGUUCACAAGUAUGAAAAGGAUUCCCUAUAAACUGAUUUGACCUGCUGCCCAUCCUCCCACCUCUUCCUGGGUAUGUGCUGGGCCCACACCCACCAAUGCAUAAUAUAACCCAGUGGUGCCACAUUUGGCGGACUUGGUCUGCCCAGAUAUUUGGAUAUAUGACCUAAAUAUCGAACAUCACUUAUGACAGCCUAUAAUGUUGCCUUGCUUUAUUAAAAUGGUCAUUUGAAAAUUGUAUUUAAUUAAAAUGUCUUAACUAUGUUUUCAUAGAUCAGAGCAGCAAACAAAUUCAAAAUUUUUCUGAUUAUUCUAAGGAAAUAAUCAGACCAAAGCCUUUACAGUUAUCACAGUAUAUCACUUCCUAUUGCGAAGCUCACUAGUGUAGUUACUAUGUAAGGCACAGGAAAAACCAACAGUGAUCCUUUUCUAAAUUUGCGGUUGACCAUGAGCUAUGCCAAGUGUAGAUUAAACUAUAGACUAGUUGCUUAGUGCAUUGGGUAAAAUACAUGUUGUACAUAGCCUGGGUUGCUUGUGAUUUUCCUUUUCAGGAAUUCUGUUUUCAAAGUACAGUUCUCUGGUACUUGGAAGCAUUGAGAAAUGGCAUGUGAUAUAUGGAUUUCCUUUCCUUCCAAUAUCCUUGUCAAGAGCCUACUUAAUCAUGGAAGGCAAGGUGGUAGGGUUUAAAAUACUAGGUUUCUGUGAAAAACACUUCUAGUAGUGCUGAGUUGCAUAUCUGUGUGUUUUUUAAGUGUUCUAAGUCUCCCACCAAACACAAUUCUCUUUUGAAGUCCAGGAAAAGUAAACACACAAGUGUACAUUUGUGAUUGCUAGUGACUUUGUUUUUUAAGUUAUUUAAUACCUUAUAAUGAAGGGCAGUUUUUCCAGAGCAUCACCAUUUAGGUUUAUCUUUUUCCCCCAGUACAGGGAUAUUGAACUCACAGGUUCUCUAUAAACUGAGCUAAAUCCCCAGUCCUUUUUAUAUUUUACUUUGAGACACAUUCUAGGUUGCUGAGGUUGGCUUCAAACUUGUGAUCCUCCUGCCUUAGCCUCCUGAGGAACUAGGAUUACAGGAAUGCAUCACUGCACCAGGCUUACUGGGUAUCUUUGUUUUCUGUAGAACACAAUGAGUAGUAGAGCCUACUUGCAUAAAACAGAAUUGGAUUUUUCUCUAUUCUUUUUCCUGUAAAUUGUCUUUAACUUUUGUUUUCAUGAUUUUGCUAGUUUUCUCCAUGAUAAAGAAAAGGUUUCCUUUACCUACUAGAUUGUGACAAGUAAAUCAUUUUUGCUACAUUUAGUAUUCCUUGCUUGGAUAUGGUACGUGGUCUCUUUGAAGGAGCAGGUACUGGGAAUUGAACCUAGGGCCUCAUGUGUGCUAGGCAACUGUUCUACCACUGUACUAUAGCUUCAGCCCCUGGCAUGUGCCCUCUUAAUUACAUUUCACUUUUAACAUGCCCAAUAAAUGAUUUGAUGAUCACCCAGAUGGGAAGCUCAUUGAUUAACUGGAAAAUAAAAUUAAUUAGCAACAACUUCUCCCCUGUACAGGUGAAUUUUAUUACAAAUUAAUAAUGGAAUCAGAGAAUAUUUGGGAAUAAUCAGAAAUAGCUGCAGUCUCUGAAAAGCCUAUAUGGGCAAAAGAGCAUGCCAACACAUCUCCAGGUGGGGAUUUGAAAACAGAUCUGAAAUGAGCACUAUGUACUUCCUGGAUUGGCAAGGAGAGAGCAACCUCCAGGAUUCCAUCAGAGGCUUUUUUUUUUUUUUUUUAACAGCAUUGUGAAAAGUAAACAGUGCUGCUUAUUUAGUUCUUUAAUAGUCUGCUAUGGAGGAUGACAAAGAGCCACCUCCAGAGACAAUGUGUCAUUUCAAUUUGCUGUAGGUCAGUGGUGACAUACCCACUGUGGGAGAUUGGAUUCACAAACACAGCAGCAUGCCAUUUGGAAUAGUGGUAUGUAAAACAGAUGAUGCUGGAACCCUUAUGCAGUCAGUAGUGUCCACCUGGCUCUGCUGCUUGAGCUGUGAAGAA